AUGUGGCGCGCCGCGGCCCUGCGCGCGGGCGGCGCGACGCUCGUCGGCUCGAGCCUCUUCGGCGACGGCGAGGCCGCCCGGGCCUGCGGCAUCGUCGGCGUCGUCGGCCACAGCCCCGACGCCAAGGACAUCCUGCUCGACGGCCUCGCCAUCCUGCAGAACCGCGGCUACGACAGCGCGGGCAUGGCUACCAUGCGCAGGGCCGACGGCGGCGGCGCCUGCGACGUCGCCGUGACCAAGUACGCGUCCCGGGGCUCGACGGCCGACUCCGUCGCGCUCGUCCGCGCGGAGGCCGAGAAGCACGCCGCGCACACCAUCGGCAUCGCGCACACGCGGUGGGCGACGCACGGCGGCAAGACCGACGAGAACGCGCACCCCCACUUCGACUGCCGGGACCGCGUGGGCGUCGUGCACAACGGCGUCAUCAUGAACGCGGACGUGCUCCGCGACGAGCUCGAGGCCAGGGGCGUCGUCUUUCGAUCCCAGACGGACACGGAGGUCAUCGCGCAGCUGAUCGGCGAGCGGCUCGAGGAGGAGGCGGGGCUGAGCCUCGUCGACGCGACGCAAAAGGCGCUGGCGCGCUGCGAGGGCACGUGGGGCGUCUGCGCGCUCGAGCGGUCCGACGCGUCGUCCGUCGUCGUCGCGUGCAACGGCUCGCCCAUGAACAUCGGCCUCGCCAAGGACCGCACCUUCAUCGCGUCCGAAACAUCAGCCUUCAACCGCCACACGAAGAACUUCAUCGCCAUGCAGGACGGCGAGAUCGGGGUGGUGCGGGCGGGCGAGACGACGCUCGACAUCCGCCGCGCGGAAGUCGCGCCGGACUUGGAGCUCCGCAAGUCGCCGGCGCCCUACAAGCACUGGAUGGAGCGCGAGAUCCGCGAGCAGCCCGAGGCCAUCGCCCGGGCUUUGGCCUUCGGGGGGCGCCUCGGAGAGGACAAGGUCUUCCUCGGGGGCCUCGACCGCCAGCGCGACCGCAUGCGCGACAUCGAGCACGUGCUGCUGGUGGGCUGCGGCACGUCGCUGAACGCGUCGGCCUACGGCGCUCGGCUCAUGCGGGACCUCGGCGCCUUCGACACGGCCCAGGCCAUGGACGCGUCCGAGGUCGGCGUCCACGACAUCCCGCCGAAGUCGUCGGGCGUCAUCGCCGUGUCGCAGUCCGGCGAGACCAAGGACGUGCUCCGGACCGUGAAGAAGGCCAUGGACGCCGACGUCGCCGCGCUCAGCAUCGUCAACACGGUCGGCAGCCUCAUCGCGCGCACGACGAAGCUCGGCGUCUACCUCAACGCGGGCCGCGAGAACGCCGUCGCGUCGACGAAAGCGUUCACGACGCAGGUCACGGUCCUGGCUUUGAUCACCUGCUGGUUCCACCAGCUCCGCGCCGCCGACGCCGCCGCGGACGGCAAGAAGGCCCACUACUCGGAGAAGUUCAAGGAGCUCAUGGUCGCGCUGCAGCGCCUGCCCAUCUCCUUCGGCAUGGGCCUCCGGCUGCAGGACCAGUGCCGGGUCGUCGCGGAGCGGCUGAAGACCGCGGACCACCUCUUCAUCCUCGGCAAGGGCUACGGCGAGCCCAUCGCGUCCGAGGGGGCGCUGAAGAUCAAGGAGUGCACCUACGUCCACGCCGAGGGCUUCGCGGGCGGCGCGCUGAAGCACGGGCCCUUCGCGUUGAUCUCCGAGGACAUGACGAAGCGCACGCCCAUCAUCAUGCUCAUCCUCGACGACGAGCACGCGGCGAUGAUGCGCACGGCGGCCGAGGAGGUCAAGGCGCGCCACGCGGACGUCAUCGUCAUCACCGACGACGCGGCCCUCGCGCACGGCGUCGACGCCGACCCCAUCGUCAUCCCCCGCAACGGGAAACUGACCGCGCUCGGCGCGGUGCUCCCGCUCCAGUUCAUCGCCUACGAGCUCGCGCUGCUGCGCGGCGUGAACCCGGACUUCCCGCGGCACCUGGCGAAGAGCGUGACCGUCGACUAG